UUCAACUGUCCAUCAAUAAUUUGCAUUUAAAUUUGAAAAAAAAAAAUACAAAUCAGAUUACCAUUAGAUGAACCGGAUAAACUGAAUUAUAGAAGCCUUGCAUUACUCGUCACUGCGACUUAAAUUACUCGUCACUUAAUGUAAUGAGAUUACUUGAUUUAAAUUUAUUUUCUCGUACUAGUACUUGUAAUUAAUUUAGUUAUCGCAGUUGAUUGUGGUGGUUAAUUUAUAAACAAAUUAACAACGAUCGUUAUGAAUAUGAUGAUUUAUUAUCGUCGAUGUGAAAGAAACUCAUAGAGUCCGUGUAGGGGGAACAUGCGUUACGUUCCGAGUAUAAAAUCACGCGUAAGAGUCUUCGGGAAUUAAUAAACUCGUGAGUUCCGUUACGUCAAGAUUGACUUUUGGUGACAUAGUAUUCGAAAAUUUAAAUUUAAAUCACUAGAGACAAAUUUAUAUGAAAGUACAUGCAGUAAAAAAUAUAAAAGUUGACAUAUGAUUAAAGCAAGCCAAUGAAAUGUAACUUUAAGUGACAGUUGAUGCGUAAUCUGGGUAUGGAGAUUUAAAAUCUCAUUUAAAUCCACGUGCAGAGUGUCAGUUUUAAUAAAUUUAUUAUUAUUAUUAUUUGAAUAUUGUUAAAUAAAAGUAUUGUGAGAUUAGGAUUUGUAUUGGGUCUUUUAAAAUAGUGUGGAGUAUAGCGGGGGAGGGGCGACUGAUUAUGACAGUUGGAGUUGAGGGGGGAGUACGAAGGACGUUUUCCGUCGUUGUUACAAGACGACACAAGUUAAGUUAAUAUAAUAAGUUGAUAGCAGUAGAGUCGGUACAGUACGAGUGUUGUCGCUGUUGCACAUUGUUGUCGGGACGGGGGGGAGAGGAGAGUAAAUGAAUAUAAGCAUAAGCACAAGUACGCUCGUGGACGUAUAAGAGGUAGAAGUAAAAGAAGUAGAAGAAGUGGAAGUAGAAGUGUAAGAAGAAGAAUAAGAAAAAGAGAAGUGAGAAUAAGAAGGCGAAGAGGAGAAUAAGAGUAAGAGUAAGAGUACGCGCAUGGUCUGUCCCGGAUUGGAUUGCCGAGUGGGGUAUUUGGAUGGUGAUUAGAAGAGUCGGCGCGUUCCUGGUUGCUGGUCAAUCGCAACACAAUGUCGGGACUACUAUACACACUGCUCGGUCUUGCAGCGAGCGCGAGUCUUCAUUGUGCGGUCAGGCGCGAAAUAAGUCCGUGCACUUGUAGACAGGAAAAGUAUUCACCGCCAGCGGGUGUUGUCACUUCGUCGUCCAGUGUAUCGGAAUCCCCGACGAUUAUUCCUGGAGGUGUUGCCAUAUUAACUAGUCUUCCCACUCGUACUGCGGGAGAUGGGGGAGGUGGGGGUGGGGGUGGUGGAGGUGGUGUUAUUGGUGAUUCUGGUAUUGGUGCUAGUGGUGGUAUUACAAAACCUCCCAAGUAUGGGGAAAAAAUAUCGGUUAUGUGUGAAAAAAUGGAGUCUUUCGGACAGGUCGCAGAUGCACUACGCGGUAAAUUCACUCCUGGACAGCAGAUUAUCCUCAAGAUAUCGCACUCUCAGCUCAAGGAUAUCUCGAGGCACGACUUCAAGGAGCUUCAGAUGUCCAUUUCCAGGCUCGAGCUCAACCACGAUCACUUGAGUACCGUAGAUGGGGAAGUAUUUGCUGGACUAAGUAGAACGAUGUAUUUAAAUUUAGCGGACAAUGAAAUACCCUCGAUACCGCGACAUAUUUUGUCACAUUUACCCCUGCUGAUAACACUAGAGCUCAGUAGAAAUCGGAUAACUCGGAUCGAUGUCAAUGACUUCAAGUAUAAUCCAUCAUUGCAACAAUUAUUGUUAGCUGGUAAUCCAAUAACUGAAAUGAUACCCGGAUCAUUGCCGCCGAGAAUAAAUAAAUUACAUGUUGGUAGAAAUCACUUGCGUACAUUAAACCGCACACUUUGUGACUUGAAUCAAUUGGAAUGGCUGUUUAUAAAUUCCAACGAACUAACGUCUCUCGACGGGGAAUUACCCACGUCAGGUCAUAAUUUACGAAUGUUACACGCUAUGGACAAUAAAUUAACUCAUCUACCGCCUGAAUUUCGUCAACUACAUCGGCUAGAAAUGUUAUUUCUCCAGCACAACAAGAUACGUAGUCUCGACGGUACUCUACAAAAAGCCUCAAAUCUUAAAUACUUGGAAUUGUCUUACAACGAGCUGCAAGAACUGACGGCCGAGGAUUUCGUGGAGGCCGAGCUGCUGGAAGACCUCGAGCUGGGCCACAACUCGCUCAAGUCAUUGGGAGGUGACACCAACGGCAACGGGGACGGAAACGGCAGCAAAAGCGCUCUAUGGCCGCUGAGAUCCCUAAAGUGUCUCAAUUUAACGCACAAUGAAUUGAGCGAAUUUUCAUUCGUGUCUUUACGCGGACUCAAGGAAUUGCGUCUCAUUGAUUUGUCAAGUAAUCAAAUCGCUCGCGUUUUUCGAGGCCCUAUUGAAAAUCUUGUAGAUGAAGACGGCGAAGAAAUACCUGGUGCGAGUAUACAAGAACUACGAUUACAAAAUAAUAAAUUACAGACACUUGAAGAUUCACUAUUUGUGGGUAUGCGCGAAUUGCAACGAUUGAAUCUAAGCCACAACGCACUUGGGCCCACAAUUGGCUCGCAGAAAUUUCGUGGUCUUGAAAACUUACGUAAUUUAGAUUUGUCACACAAUAAAUUGACAACUCUUGAAGAUAUUUCAGAAGCAAGAUUACCAGCGCUUGAAGAAUUGAUAGCCUCACACAAUAGAUUAGUGACAUUAUCAGACCGUGAUUUUCGUGGUUUUCCAAUUCUAUGUUCCGCUGAUCUAACGAUGAACGAAAUACGUUCACUUACUGCUGAACUAGUUGCCAAUACGCGCUGUACAGUACACGGUGUUCCUGAUAUAUUACGAAUAUAUCUACAAGAUAAUCCGGUGUUGUGCGACGCAGCGCUGGUAGAUCUAACAGUCGCAUUAGAAGUCAACCACGCAAAGGUUUAUGGUACUGCUAAACAAUGUCCUGCAGUGGAAAGUCCCGCUACCGAGGCGACAUCUUUUGUACCGAUACAGCCCUCCUCGGAUUUGUUUUACGCGCCAGCGGUCGCCGCUGCCGAUACCUCUGCUAAUAUAUCAUUCGCUGCGACACUCGAGCAAUAAUUUAAUUGUUGUUAAUUAUAGUUAUAAAUAUAAACAAUUUAUAAAUAUAUAUAUACUUAUAUAUAUAUAACAAUAAUUGAUUAACUAUUACGUUAACAGAUGAUAAGUGUCCCGUGAUAAAAAAUAGAUUAGAGGUAUGAAAUUAUAUAAAAAAAAUUUUUUUUAUUCUCAGUAAAAUGAAAUCCGUCGGUUUCUUUCAUGACAAUUAAUACCGGUUAGAAUUAUGAUUUUAAAUUCAAUUUUAUUUGCAUUGAAGCUCGUGUUUUAGUGCAGGUAAUUGUGGUAAGUAAAGUGUGCGGCGGAACAAAAAACGGUUUCAUAGUUCGCGCGGUGGCAGCGCUUGCCUUCGGCUCGAGUUAACCUCGCCCUCGUCUGAAAUCGUCUUGUUUUAUCUCCCGCCGUAAAAUUUACUGUUUUAAAUUCAAACGAACUAAAAUAAAUAAAUAUUUUUCCGAAACAAUUGCCUAUAAAUUCGUAUUACUAAUAUUUAGAGGUUAUUAAUAUUUAAUAAACUAAUUUUGCUUUAGUUACUGAAUAAAAUGAUAACAAUUUACAUUAUUAUGACUAUUGAGAUUAAUAGUUGAUCAUGAAUAGUAAUAUAUAAUUGUUAAAAAAUAUAAAAAAUAAAAAACACACACGUAAUGUCUUAAGACUUUAGAUUAUAACUAAUAAAUAAAUUAUUAUCAUUAAUUAUUGUCAUUAAUUAUUAUAAUUAUCAUCAUUUAAUUGUAGGCAUUGUAUGCAUUGUAAAUAGUUUUCAUUAAUAAUUUUUCGUUAACUACGAGACCAACCAUUUUAAAUUAGCUGCCAUUGUAAUAACUAAAAAAUUUAAAAAAACAAUUACCC